GAACCUUAUCUCGUCCCGUCGCUCCCCGCCUACGCAGCUCUCUUUCUCUCGGCUUCAACCAGGGGACCUAUGCCCUGCUCCCUGCUCUGCACGCCGGCGCCCUGCAGCUUCCCCUCCUCUUCCUCCCAGAACACAGUCGCCCCUCCCCUCUUUUCCUCUCCCUGCUGCGCCAGGAAGGGCGAGCCGCCGCCGCCCCAGUCGGGCAGGCUGGCCGCCGAGCUGCCGCCCUGGCCGGGCAGGCAGGCCGGCGCCGCCGCGCCGCGGCCGGCCAGCUGGCUGGCGCCACUGCCGCUAGGUCGGGCGAGCUGGCUGCAGGCCGCUGCUGCCACGCCUGGGUCGAGUCUCUGCGCUGCGCACCGCUGCCCUGGCCAACCACAGCAGCAGCGCCACGCCACGCUCGUCUCGUGCCGGGAUAGGCCUGGACACGGGCCUGAUCGGCGUUGUCCUCGUCCGCUCUGCGUCAUCCGGUCAGAUGAUUUAGCCAUAACCUGUAAAGGAUUCUGUACAAUAUCAUGGAACCUGAAAGCAGAUGUACAAGAUGGGUGCUUAAUAUUCAUAACAGGAGACCCAGUUACCCUGGGCUGCUGGGAAUCCAACAUGGCUGUUCAGUUGGCUCCUUCUGUUGAAAGCAAUAAUAUAUGGACAGCUGAAAUAAAGGUACCAUAUGGAGUGCAUUUCAAAUAUAAUUAUUUUGUUCGAGAAGAAAUGGGUUCCUCUUCUGAUAUUAUAUGGAGGCCAGGUCCGGUAUACUCCUUAUCAAUACCUUCAGUUGGCCAGAAAAAGCAGGUCAUUGUUGUGAAGGACCUAUGGAUGAAAGCCAGUCUAGCAGGUCUUCCUACUCCUUCAUGGGGAUCAUGGCUGAUGGAAGCUGGUUCUCUUGGGGGUGAACUUUUUGAUGGUGGAAAUAAUCAGAGCAUUGUGAAAGAUCACUCUGCCAGGGAUACAUCAAAUCAAGGUUUAUCUGUAGGUGAUCAUAUUAUAUUCAAGCUUGGGAAUGGCACACCUUUACAUGCAAAACUGUUGGAUAAUCAAUCUAGCAUCAUGCACAACUCUGUAACUGAAAUACCAAAUGCCAGUUAUAUAAGUCAACAUGGAAGGUCUCAAAUCGUAGAGGAGCCAUGGAUUCUUGAAUCAAUUGUGGCUGCAAAGAAACCAGUUGCAAAAGUCAAAGAUAAGAAAGGGCAAAAGAAGUUUGUAAAUUAUAAGCACACUUUGAGUGGAGUUAGUAAAAACAUGCAUCAACAGGAUCAGCCUGUUGAAGAGCCAUGGUUAUUUCAAUCUAUGUUUGAACUAAAUGAAACUAUAGUCCAUGCUAAUGGAAAAACAGAAGCAAGGGAUAUUAUCGGAAAAUUAAGGAAAAUAGAAAAACCUCCAACACCUUUGGAUGAGAGUAAGCCGAGUGGUGGUGAACCUUCAUCAAGAGUUAUACUUAUGAACUCCUCUGUCUGCACUAUUCAGAGAAUUGCAGUAUUAGAAGAUGGAAAACUAGUUGAACUCUUGCUGGAACCCAUCAAGAACAAUGUACAGUGUGAUAGUAUUUAUUUAGGUGUAGUAACAAAGCUCGUUCCUCAUAUGGGAGGAGCAUUUGUAGAUAUUGGAAUUUCAAGGCCUUCACUUAUGAGCAUAAAGCAAAACCGAGAUCCUUUUGUGUAUCCUCAAGUUUUUAAGAACCGAGGAACAGAUCCUAUUGAUGAUUCUUAUUGUAAUGAAGAGAACCUUCCAACUUAUGAAAACGAUGAUGAUAUGAGUGAUGACGAGUUUGAAAAUGAAGAAACUCAUGAUGGUUCAUCAUUUCCAGUUGAGAAUAUUACAGAUAAUGAAGAAGCUGUGGUGCUAGCAUCUGAUGCUAAGAUAAACAAUGUCGAUGGUGAUGAAUUUGACAGCAUUUCUGUUUAUGACGAAGACAAGGAUGAAGAAAAUGAUCACAUGGAAGAUGAAUAUAGUGAGGACAUACUGCAAGGAGAUCAAUCAGAAAUUUCCAAUGAUCUUAAGACUUUAUCUUCAAUUCAACAUGCUUUAAGAGAAUCUAAUGAUGACACAAAUGGAAGCAGGUGGUCUCAAGUUCGUAAGGGCACAAAAGUUAUGGUUCAAGUUAUCAAGGAAGGAUUGGGUACGAAAGGUCCAACACUUAGUCCAUUUCCAUGCCUGCGAAGUCGAUUUUGGAUAUUGGUUUCCCGUGGCAACAAAGUUGGGGUAUCCAAAAAGAUUACCGGAAUAGAGCGCACCAGGUUAAAGGGCAUCACGAAAUUACUGCGACCUCCUGGAUUUACUUUGACGGCUCGUACAGUUGCAGCUGGUCAUUCCUGGGAGGAACUGCAGAAGGACCUUGAUGGCUUGCUAUCUACCUGGAAAGGAAUAACUGAGCAUGCUCAAUCUGCUGCCUUGGCUGCUGAGGAGGGUGUGGAAGGUGCUGUUCCUGUAAUGUUGCACAGAGCAAAGGGUCAAACUUUAUCUGUUGUUCAAGAUGAUUUUAAUGAAAAGGUCAAGAGACUGGUUGUGGAUUCUCCUCGAACAUAUCAUGAGGUUACAAGCUAUCUUCAAGAAGUUGCACCUGAGCUCUGCAGCCGAGUUGAGCUUUAUGAGAAAAGAAAACCUAUAUUUGAUGUAUAUAACAUCGAGAAGGAGAUAGACAGCAUCCUUUGCAAAAGGGUACCACUAUGCAAUGGGGGUUCUCUGGUCAUAGAACAGACUGAAGCUCUGGUGUCAAUCGAUGUGAAUGGUGGUCACAGUAUGUUUGGUCAGGGAACAUCACAGGAGAAGGCUAUUUUAGAAGUCAAUCUUGAAGCUGCAAAGCAAAUUGCCCGUGAGCUGCGCUUGAGGGAUAUUGGUGGCAUUAUAAUUGUGGAUUUUAUCGAUAUGUCAGAUGAUUCAAACAAAAGGCUAGUAUAUGAAGAAAUGAAGAAAGCAGUAGAAAAGGAUCGAUCGACAGUUGGUGUUUCAGAACUAUCAAAGCUAGGUUUGAUGGAAAUAACUAGAAAAAGGGUCCGACCAAGUGUUACUUUCAUGAUCAGUGAGCCAUGUACAUGCUGCCAUGGUACUGGUCGUGUGGAAGCUCUUGACACAUCCUUUUCAAAGAUCGAACGUGAAAUAUGUCGACGUCUUGCUACCUCACGACGAAAAUCAGACCCUGAGAAACCAAAAUCAUGGCCAAGAUUUGUGCUUAGAGUGGAUCAUGAGAUGUGCACGUAUUUGACGUCAGGAAAGAAGACAAAACUAGGACUCCUGAGUAGCUCCCUUAAAGUGUGGAUUUUGUUGAAGAUUGCCAGAGGUUUCUCCCGUGGUGCUUUUGAACUACUACCAUACUCAGAGAAAGAAAAUUGUGCAGAGAAAGAAACGUCAUCAGAAUUGCCCCAGAAAGAGGGGAGGCCCAAGCUAUCUGUUUUUCCUAUCAAGAAGUGGAUGAGCCGGGCAAAGCGUGCUAAGUGAUUCUCUUUCAAAAGCGUCAAUUUUAUUAGCAUGGGGUCUUCCUUGCUAUUCACAGCUUAGAACGAGCAAAGAUUCAGGAAGAGGGUCAUGCUUUUCAUUCACGGAGAUCCCAGCGUCGGAUAUCUAGAUAUCUCCCGACUAGCUUUUGUUUACAGUAUUCUUAAGUUUGUGAUGCAAAAUACCUAGGAUUUAGGAUGGAAGAAAGAGUAGAAAACAUUUUAGGAAGGAAACUAGACAGAUUUAUGUAGGACGCUGUCAGGGUAGAUGUUGCUCUUAUGCUUUAGAGCAGUUGAACUUGGGAGACCGAGUAAUUCCAGUGAUUUUUUUAAUUCGUUUUUGAGACCCUAUAUUCAAAUUUUGUGAGCAUGUUCGCUUAUCUAAAAAGCCAUAGCUCUGAUUUGUUGUGAGAGAAAAAUACUGCUGAACGACUGACUGAUUUGGCAAAUAAGUUAAAGCAAACAUGCCUCAAUAAUUUGUUUUUUGCUA